CUUCUCUCCUCCUGGGCUUGUCAGGUUCCCUCAGGUGUUUUCCUUGCCUCAUGAGCGCUUGGUGGCUUUUUCUCACCGGGAGGGAAGCCCAGAAAGAAGAACCAGAGAUAAGGGAGGACGGGAAUAAAGGGAGAAAUAAGGAAGGCCGGCUGACGGCACUGCUGUGAACUGAUGGUGUGUUGUCGCGCGUCUCUCUUGGUGGCUUGUGCGCCUGGGGUGUGUGGGGUUUCUCAGGCGGUCCCCUCACUGCGGCAGCUCCUUCCUGGACCGGAGUGCGAUGAGAGGGGAGGAAAUUCAAGCUGUGUGUGAACGCAGGCCUGCAAAGGGUGCCUUUCUGUGUGGGUAGCGCGCAGCCAGGAGCUCGGAGAGUGCCUGGCGUUGGCUGGGGCUUGCUUGCUCUCCCUCUCUCUCCCUCUCUUCCCCCUCCUUCUGCAUUUCCAUGCCCCUAGCAGUUCCCAAGGAGGCGAAGUAAGCAGAAACCCGGUCUGUGUGUGAAGUGAUUCAGCAGCUCCGUCCCUCGGCUGCUGAGGAGAGAUGGAGGAAACCGGAUUGAAUCUGGAUUGGCGUGAGAGACGAUGGCUGGGCUAGGGGGAUUCUCAGCCGGUCCUGACUCCUGACAGCUGAGCCACUGCAGAGAGUUAUCCCUUGGAGAGCGAUAAGUUUUCUCUCCCUCCCUCCUCACAAACAAGAAUCUAUCUUUUUGGACCACGUCGUCGCUAUGUCCGGAGGCAUGAAGUUCAAUGGGUACAUGAAGGUGCGGAUCGGCGAGGCCGUGGGGCUGCAGCCCACCCGUUGGUCCCUGCGGCACUCGCUCUUCAAGAAGGGCCACCAGUUCCUGGACCCCUACAUCGCGGUGAGCGUGGACCAGGUGCGCGUGGGGCAGACCAGCACCAAGCAGAAGACCAACAAGCCCACGUACAACGAGGAGUUCUGCACCACGGUCAGCGACGCGCGCAAGCUGGAGCUGGCCGUCUUUCACGGCACCCCCAUUGGGUACGACGACUUCGUGGCCAACUGCACCGUGCAUUUCCAGGACCUGCUGCAUGGGACGGGGUCCUCAGACAGCUUUGAAGGCUGGGUCGACCUGGAGCCGGAAGGAAAAGUGUUUUUAGCCAUCACCCUCUCAGGCAGUUUCACUGAAGGAACUCUCCAGCGGGAGAGGCUUUUUAAAAACUUCACUCGGAAGCGCCAGCGGGCCAUGCGCAGGAGAGUCCACCAAGUCAACGGGCACAAGUUUAUGGCCACAUAUUUACGGCAGCCCACGUACUGUUCGCACUGUCGAGAAUUCAUCUGGGGCGUAUUUGGGAAGCAAGGAUACCAGUGCCAAGUUUGUACGUGCGUUGUACAUAAGCGUUGCCACCAUCUGAUUGUUACAGCAUGCACAUGCCAAAAAAAUAGCAAGAAGGCAGACAUUAAGAUUUCCGAGCAGAGGUUUGGAAUCAACAUCCCGCACAAGUUCCGAAUCCACAAUUAUAAAGUGCCGACUUUCUGUGACCAUUGUGGCUCCUUGCUUUGGGGUAUCAUGCGGCAGGGUCUACAGUGUAAAAUGUGUAAAAUUAAUGUGCAUAUACGAUGUGAAGCCAAUGUAGCACCCAACUGUGGGGUGAACGCGGCGGAACUUGCCAAGACGCUGGCAUGCAUGGGUCUGCAGCCGGCGAAUAUUUCCCCCAAUGGGAAACUUGUCUCCAGGUCGACCCUGAGGCGUCAGAAGAAAGAGAGCUCAACGGACGAGAAUGGUGUAGCUGAAGUUUCGGCCAGCAGGCUGAAGAUCGAGGACUUGAUCUUCAUCCGAGUCCUGGGAAAGGGCAGUUUUGGAAAGGUGAUGCUGGCUAAAACGAAAGAGACCGGCUACCUCUACGCUAUCAAAGUGCUGAAGAAAGACGUGAUCCUCCAAGACGACGACGUGGAAUGUACCAUGACUGAGAAGCGGAUCCUGGCCCUGGCGAGGAACCAUCCCUUCCUGACCCAGCUCUUCUGCUGCUUUCAGACACCCGACCGCCUCUUUUUCGUCAUGGAGUUUGUGAACGGAGGGGACCUGAUGUUCCACAUUCAGAAAUCUCGUCGCUUCGAUGAAGCCCGAGCCCGGUUCUACGCUGCAGAAAUCAUCUCCGCUCUCAUGUUCCUCCACGAGAAAGGCAUCAUUUACAGGGACCUGAAGCUAGAUAACGUAUUGCUGGACCACGAAGGCCACUGCAAGCUUGCGGACUUUGGGAUGUGCAAAGAAGGCAUCCAGGACGGAGUCACCACCGCGACGUUCUGUGGAACUCCAGACUACAUUGCCCCAGAGAUUUUGCAAGAGAUGCUCUAUGGCCCCGACGUCGACUGGUGGGCCAUGGGAGUGCUGUUGUACGAAAUGCUUUGCGGCCACGCCCCCUUCGAAGCCGAAAAUGAAGAUGAUCUCUUUGAAGCGAUCCUCAACGAUGAGAUCGCUUACCCAUCUUGGCUCCAGGAAGAUGCCGUGGCCAUCCUGAAAGCAUUCAUGACGAAGAAUCCCAAAAUGCGUCUGGGCAGCAGUGCUUUGGGAGGGGAGAGAGCGAUCCUCUUGCACCCGUACUUUAAGGAACUGGAUUGGGACCUUUUGAACCUGCGCCAGAUUGAGCCACCGUUCCGGCCUCGGAUCAAAUCGAAGGAAGAUGUGAGCAAUUUCGACCCUGAAUUUUUAAAAGAAGAACCUCUUCUGACCCCUAUUGAAGAAGGAAUGCUUUCAAUGAUCAACCAAGAAGAAUUUAGAAACUUUUCUUAUACAGAUCCAGAAUUGCAGCCAUAGCUAUGCCUGUGAGAUCAGGACUUAUUGGCCAGUCUCUGUGAGGGGAAGAACCGCAGUUGAACAUUGCCUGGAAAACUGUUGUGCUAGACUACCCGGCAGAUGUUUUGCCUCAAGGACAAGAAGAGUACAAUUAACUUCAUGUGGAAAUGGCUUCAUUUGGCUGUAGGGGACGUCUUGGACUUCUUGAAGGGCUGAAUCUAAAUAUUUAUAGUAAGGCAAUGAAUAUUCUUCUAUGAAUGCGGCAAGAGGAAUUAAUUGGUGCUUUGUGGUUCAGGGCAGCCAGAUUUUGCAGUGAGUCUGGGGAACAGCUGCAAGGAGAAAACCAAACUCCGAGAUCAGUAGAUCUUGUUACAAGCUGGUCUUCUCCACGGCCUCUCUAGAAGGCAUCGCUCGGAAUCAGAAUUUCGAAACUUUGACUCAGUUGAACGAUAUCAGGGAAACAUUACGAAUGAUCUGUACUUUGCUUAGAACAUAUAGUUCCCCUUUUUGUAAGGGCACAUGAGAUUCUUUGAACAUCUGGAGCUUCUGUAAGUAUUUUGUUGUGCAAACUGAACAGUGUCAAAAAAAGAGGAAAAGGUCAGACUAAGGAACUCUUUCCCUUCAGUGGUCCAAUCCGGACUAGUUGCAUGCAGCUACGAGCCCCAGGUGGAGUGGCAUCCGGCACAAGAAAGGGAAACCAAACGAGCCUCGCACCGUACACCCUCCGCAGGGUGUGCGCAUCGAUCUCAGGUGGACGGAUCGGGGUGGAACUCUUUUGGAACACUGCAAAGCCCCCUUCUACCUUUCUGAGUUAGUAUUUUCUAGUCAAGAGGAAGUCUUUUUCCUGCACUCUGUGAAAGACCAGGCUCCUGCCAGGCUUGUUUUAGCGGUGCUCCAUCUUUCACAUUCCCGUUUCUAACCGGAAGCGUCCAAAAUGACAACAAAACUGCCUCCGCCUUUUACCUCAGUUGGAUUUGCCUUCGGUUUGCUUUCCAAAACUGGUGUUUUAUUGUGAAUUUGACAGCUUGUUUUAAAAAUGAAUAAACGAAUAAUCGAAUAAA